AUGUUCAGACAGAAUUCAAGAGAUUAGCAUGAGUACAUCAGAGAUGCUCUGACAGUUGACAGAGUAUUUUUGCUGUGGUUGUGUGUUUGGUAUUCAAAUAGAUCCCUUUUUGAUGAGUAAACGAUAGCCCCACCCCUUUAAGAGAAGGGCUAAACUUCUAUGUGCAUAUUCUUAGUUGAGCAGGUUGCAAAGCAGCAAGUUGAUCUCUAACUUGCUCCCACUAAUAGCUGGAAUACUACAGACAGAUUGUAAACAUACAACUUUCACAGCAGGGGUGUGCUAUUGCUGCUUUUACUCUGCCAUAGGAGUUGGCACAAGGUUUCAACUGCGAUCAAGAUGGGCAAUGAGCACUCUAAAGACAAGGCUGAGCAGGCUCCAGAAAAGCCCCUGCAUGGAGGAUUGAAUGGCCAUGCUGUAAGCAUCUCAUCCAAUGGCCUGGAGAAUGUUAUCAGUGAAGCAGCUGUGGAGCAGAACAGUAUGCCUCCCUCACUGCCUCCCUCUGAAGAGUCAGGUAUAGUGGAGGCAGAUGGCAGUGGUCUUGGGCCUGUGGUGGUGGAACAGAAGUCUGUCAUCAAGGAGGUUCCAGAAGUGGAACCAGAGACACAGAAUGCUAAGACUCAAAACACACCGGAACCAGAACUGGAACCAGCCACCCAAGAGAAGGAGGAGCCCAAGAACAGUACGAAAGAAAAAGUGAACAUCUUUGAAAAUCUGUUCAAGAAGAAAGCUAAGCCUCAACCCACCCCCAACCCGGAUCCAGCCCUGGAAAAGGAGGAACCCAUAAAGGACAAGAUUGUGGAGGAGAUUGAAAGUUCUGCAGAAGAUCAGAAAGUCCCUGUGGCUGUAACCGAUGGGAUCCAAGCUGAGCCACUUGCUGAGGUAAAGGAGGAUACAGAGACUUCAAAGGAGCGUCCCGACCCUAGUCCAGAGGCAGAGGAGGUCAAAAGCCCCAAAAUUGCAGAGGAAAGCAGUCAUAUUCAGGAAAACCAAGAGGGAGAGAGUCAAACAGAAGAGAAUCCAGUUAUGAACUUCUUCAAAACACUGGUGACUCCCACAAAAAAAGACAAGCAAGAAACAGCCACCUCUGCUGUUGCAAAAGGCCAGGCUGCACAACUAGUGGAUGCUCCAGCAACAUCCAAAGGAGGAAUGUCAAUCCCACCAGCCCCAGCCCCAGCCCUAGCCCCAGCCACAGCCCUAGCCCUAGCCCCAGCCCCAGCCCCAGCCCCAGCCCUAGCCCCAGCCCCAGCCCUAGCUCCAGCCCUAGCCACAGCCCAGCCCCAGCCCCAGCCCCAGCCCCAGCCCUAG